AUGUCGAAAACAGCACAGAGACGGCUAUUGAAAGAACUACAGCAGCUUAUGAAGGACAGUCCCGAAGGAAUUGUAGCAGGGCCGAAAAACGAAAACGAUCUGUUUUUAUGGGAUUGCUUGAUAAGCGGGCCUCCUGACAGUCCUUACGAAGGUGGAGUGUUCAAUGCUACACUCGAGUUUCCACGGGAUUACCCUCUUUCUCCACCAAGAUUAGUGUUUACACCCAGCAUUCUGCAUCCCAACAUUUAUCCCAACGGUGAAGUGUGUAUAUCGAUUCUGCACUCGCCAGGUGAGGACCCAAACAUGUACGAGUUAGCAGAAGAGAGGUGGUCACCUGUGCAGAGCGUUGAGAAGAUUUUGCUGAGCGUUACGAGUAUGCUGAGCGAGCCCAAUGUCGAGUCAGGGGCAAACAUUGACGCUUGUAUUCUGUGGCGUGACAACAGACCGGAAUUCAUUAGACGCGUGAAACUAGCCGUAUGUAAAUCCCUGGGAUUCUAA